AUCAAUAUGGAAAUGAGUUUAAAAUAAACAGAUAACAGUACAUUUCAUGGCAGUUCAUGAAAGAAAUUUUCCAACUGCCGGCUUGUGAUUUGAAUAGUCUUUCGCUUUUUUCAAUAGUGGCAACACUGUAAGCACCCCAUUUUCAAUCAGUACCCGCUAGUCAUGCAAUCACUAAAAAAUGCCAAUUUAAUUCUUUUGGUCAAAAUAAAAGCGAAAACAACAACAACUGUCGUUUGUUUUUAAAUUUUUUUGUUGUAAACUGGACACCAGCGCUAUUCGCCACCAAACAAACCGACAAAUGUAAAAUAAAUUUGUGAAGGAAUUCCUUUAAAAAGUUGGACAACGCAAGCAAAACAUGCCGAGUGAAAUAAUUACGCUCCAAUUGGGGCAAUGCGGUAAUCAAAUUGGUUUCGAGUUUUGGAAACGACUAUGUUUGGAGCAUGGAAUUUCCCCCAAUGGUGUUUUGGAAGACUUUGCCACUGAUGGCAUCGAUCGGAAGGAUGUGUUUUUCUAUCAGGCCGACGAUGACCACUAUAUACCACGGGCGGUGCUGCUCGAUUUGGAGCCCAGAGUUAUACACACAAUUAUGACUUCUCCUUAUGCCAAGCUUUACAACCCCGAAAAUGUUUAUCUCUCCAAGCAUGGCGGUGGUGCCGGUAAUAAUUGGGCAUCUGGCUAUAGCCAAGGCGAGAAACUACAAGAAGAAGUGUUUGAUAUUAUAGAUCGUGAAGCCGACGGCAGUGAUUCUUUGGAGGGAUUUGUUUUGUGCCACUCCAUUGCCGGUGGUACCGGCUCCGGAAUGGGUUCUUACAUUAUGGAACGUUUGUCUGAUCGUUUUCCCAAAAAACUUAUACAAACUUAUAGCGUUUUUCCAAAUCAAGAUGAAAUCAGUGAUGUCGUUGUACAACCCUACAAUUCUUUACUUACCCUUCGUCGCCUGACCAGUUGUGCUGAUUGUGUUGUUGUUCUAGAUAAUACAGCUUUGAAUCGAAUUGCCACAGAUCGUUUGCAUAUACAAAAUCCCAGUUUUUCACAAAUCAACACCCUGGUAUCAACCAUAAUGUCAGUAAGCACAACGACUCUUCGUUAUCCUUCAUAUAUGAAUAACAAUCUAAUUGGUUUGACGGCACCACUUAUACCAACGCCACAACUGCAUUUUUUGAUGACAGGUUAUACUCCAUUAACUACAGACAGUGAUCAAACUGUCAAUGUUCGUAAAACUACAGUUCUUGAUGUAAUGCGUCGCCUGCUACAACCGAAAAAUAUGAUGGUAUCAACUGGCCCCGACAAGACCAAUCAUCACUGUUACAUAUCGAUUUUAAACAUCAUACAAGGCGAAGUUGAUCCAACGCAAGUUCAUAAAUCAUUGCAGCGCAUACGCGAACGUAAACUGGCGCAAUUUAUACCCUGGGGACCAGCUAGUAUUCAAGUAGCAUUAUCCCGCUCCUCGCCCUAUGUACAGAGCAGUCAUCGUGUCUCUGGCCUUAUGUUGGCCAACCAUACCAGUAUUUGCACCUUAUUCGAACGUGCCUUAGGGCAAUAUGAUAAACUUAAGAAACGUGGAGCCUUUUUGGAUCAAUUUCGUCGCGAAGAUAUCUUCAAAGAUGAUCUUUCGGAACUUGAUGACUCCCGUGAUGUCGUCGACUGUUUGGUACAGGAGUAUGAAGCGGCUACCCAACCCAAUUAUUUACAUUGGUCGGCCAAGAAGGGUCAGCCAGAGUAAUAAAAUACUCAAUAUGAUCAUUUCCUUUAUCACCAGUGACAAAACCUAACACAUGUGUAUUUUGCAUGAAAUUUUAUUGAUUGCUAUAACUAAAUUAUAACCUCCAAUCGUAUCUAACUCGAAUUUUUCAUUUAUUUCGUUAUAUUUCUUUUUAUAUGUGACUUGUGCGUUGCACAUUUUAUUUUCUUUCUCAUAAACUAUAUAAAUGCACAACUUGUUUAAAUAAUAAAGACUUGUUUGAAAUCAUAA